AUGCAAAUCACACGAAAGCUAGCGAUCGUCAAGUCGAUCCACGUUGCACCUGUACGCUUCUCUUUUAAACGAUUGCUGUCAAACACACCAUAUCUGUCACCCUGGACAGCUAGGGAUCUUAUAAACGGCACACCUACCCAUCGUUCGUACUCCCCGAGGAGUAUCAACAAUGCAGCUGCAGCAGAAGGAACGACCCAGCCGGAAUUAUCCUCUAAACAAGCUUCGUCCAAAGUGCCCAUAUUGAUUGCUGGGAAGAAAGCCGAAUUUUUGGCGGUCCUCCUACGUGAUGCAUGUUCGUGCCCAUUGUGCGUGCACGAGUCGACCAAACAGAGGCUGUUUUCAACUGCCGACAUACCGGCCGGUAUUCAAUCCCAAGCUGUAGAGAUCGAUCCUGCCUCAGAUUCGGUGAACAUCGGAUGGAAGAAUGAUAUACCCGGCUUUCCUGAAGAGCACACAACAACGUUGAGCAUGGCAGCGUUACGACAACUCAGCUGCUCCGGCUCCCUUCCUGGGCAGCAAAGGGACUCUUUUCGGCCUCCAGCUUUGUGGGGUCAAGAACCUCCUAACCUGGUAGACUACGACUACAAUACCUACAUGCAGAACGAUGGAACGCUUCAUCAAAUAAUUAAUCAGCUCGAGGCCGAGGGGCUGGCUUUCGUAACAAACGUUCCUGGUAAAGAGGAAUCUUUAGCUUCUAUCGCAACCCGUAUCGGACCAGUGAAGGAUACGUUCUAUGGCUAUACGUGGGACGGUAGGGCUAUGUCCAAUGAUCUAGGUUUCCACACAGACCUAUUGUACUUCGAGCAACCACUACACAUCCAACUUCUACAUUGUGUUCAAUCUGCUUCCUCAGGGGGGGCUAGCGUAUUCGCAGAUGCCUUCAAGGCCGCAGUGGACUUCUUUCACAUGGACGUGGACGCAUUCAACACCCUUGCGACAGUCCCCGUGAACUACCACUAUAAUCAUCCACAUUCCAAUAUGUAUCGUACCACCAAGCCAGUCAUUGAUCUUCGUCCCCUUGGCAUCGGCCAUACAAUUUACACUGGUAUUCAAGAUUACAUCAAGGAUUGGCAUGAACUUAGUAUGCGGAAUGGGGGAUCUGGAUGGACAGUGGCUAUGCUGGUGGACUGCAUGGACAAAAUAAACUGGCGUCCUCCAUUUCUAGCACCGUUCUCAAUCCAUGAGGUUCCCAGGCAACAGGAACAACUUGCCGACCCUGCUCUGUCAGCAUUGAAGAACAAGGUUGAUCGGUGGCACCAGGCUGCUUCGAAGUUCAGUGGUCCAUUGCAGCACCCAGAGUGCCUUUACGAGCGAAAGAUGAGGCCCGGGGAGUGUGUAUUAUUCAGCAAUACAAGGAUAUUACACUCCAGGAGGGCUUUUGACAUGGCUGAGAUUGGAAAACCAAGAUGGUUGAGAGGGACUUAUGCCGACAAAGACCCUUAUUUUAGCAAAUUGCGCGUACUGCAGCAUAAGUUUAAAUACUUGAGAGCAGAUUAG